UGCGGCCGGCGCAUGUUUGUCGCGGCCAUCAUCAGCGCAUCCAAGUUCAUCUACGACCAGACCUACUCGAACCGUGCAUGGCAUAAGAUCACCAAACUGCCGUUGACCCAGAUCAGCGAUAUGGAGAGGGCAUUUUUGGAUAUGAUUGACUACCGCCUGUAUGUG